AUGAUCAAUAGUGUCAAAGAUAGGCAAUGGAUGAAGAGCAUCCUUGGUUACAGGCAUCCUGCUGAUUGCAUCAUCCGUGAUUCUGAAUGGGCGGUGGCAUCAUGUAUCAGUAACCUAUCAUUUCUUGAUGUUCAAUUCUAUGGUGAGGACAUACUUCAAUACACACCAGAGCUCGAGUUUCUUUGUGUUAUUGUUGGAUUAAAAAAAAAUUACGAGCUUGUUAUCAACAACUUCGAAUUCAGUUCUUCUGCUAUUACUUCUCAGGCUACUAUACUCAUCCUCAAAUGUAUCCGCUACGUGAAUCGAAGUGAAGAUUUCAUAAGGAAACUCAAAGAUCUGAAAUGGUUGAAGACCAAUAUGGGAUUUCGUGCUCCUAAUGAAACAUUUUUCCUCGAUCCUGAGUGGGAGUGUCGUCUUAAGGUAUUUGACGGAACUCCUGUGAUUGAUUAUGGAUUUUAUGGCAGUGAGAUUAAUUCAUACAAAGAAGAAUUGAAGAAGAUAGGGUUGGCCAUGAGAUUUGAAGAGGCAUCAAAGGCUAUAACUCAAAUUUUUAAGGAGAUGGUGUCAAAUUCAUCACUUACAAAGCCAGAAGUGGCUGCACACAUCACUGGGUUUCAGAUCGCCUUCAGAGGACAGGAGAUUUAUGGCUAUAAAGAUGAGCUUAAUAAACUGGGUGUCACUGUUGAAGCGAAAAAUGGUGCUAGAUUUGUUAUCUUUGGUCUCAGCAUUCCUAGUGAUCCUUCGAUCAUGUCCGAAGUUACCGUCGUGUCACUUCUUGCCUGCAUCCAGAGCUACUUCAAAUAUCUUGUUGCUCGGCAUUUGAGGAGCCACAAGGUUAGAACUACUAUUUCCCGGAUCUAUAUGUACCUGAUGAAGUGCAAUUGGAAAUCUAAUGAUAAAGACAAAAGCAGUAAUUGGAUUUGGAUACCAAAUGCGGACGAUGGAGAAUGGGUGAACUCAGAAUGUUGUGUUGUUUCUGACAAGAACAAUCUUUUUAGCCAGCAGAUACAUAUCCUAGACAAAUAUUAUGACAAGAUGUUGCGUGGCUUCUUUUCACUUGCUUUUGGUGUGAGGCAUGGACCUGAUUCCGAAGACUACUGCAAACUAUGGGGCACAUGGGAGAGAUCUGUACAUGAGCUAGAUAUAUCUGAUUGCUCUUCUUUCUGGACGUUCAUUGCGACAAAUUGGAGCAAAAACACACAGAAAUUACUUUAUGGUUGUGUCAAGGUCCCAGUAGGUACUGAUCCAAAGAUCACUUUAAUGAAGAAGGAAGAUGUGCUCAUUCCUGAUGAUCUACUGGUGACAGAUUUAUUUAAGAAGCUUCCUCAGCAAUCACUUUUCAUCUGGUAUCCUCCGUCUGCCAUACCUUCCAUGUCCCGAGCAAGGCUUAACAGCAUCUACGACAGCAUUGGUGUUCAGAGAAUAUCCAAAUCAGUUAUGAAGAACGAUUCUUUCGCUUUAGAGAAUGGACGUUUCAGAACAGUAGACUCGAGUAAGGUGGUCAAGGUUGGUUUGCUCCGUAUAAUUCUUGUGUUCCUCGCUGAUCCUGCUCUCGACAUUCCUGCUGAAGGGAGGCACAGGAUGGUUUCCUGCCUUCUGAAUGUGACUGUCCAAGAGAAUGAUGAACCAAUCACAGUGGGCUAUAGUGUAAGCUUGUCAUCUGGAGAGGUUGUGAAUGUGAAGGCCAGCCGAAUGCUUAGGUGGGAAAGGGAGAAUUCCAAACUGUACAUGCAGAGUAGCAAUGGUGAAUCCAGCUACAAAGAAAAGAUUGAGUUUGCGACCUACUUCGCAGAGGAGAUAUCUAAAGGGCUUCUCUUCGAGAUGCCGGAUCAGAUCCCUUACCUCACUGAGUUCAUUAAAUUUGGUAGCUUACUGGACUUUGACGAUGCCGCUGUUGGGUUCUUGCAUAAGUCCAACAAUCUGCAGCUGUUUACUGAAGACGAGGAUUUCCUGAAGUCUUCAUUGCUAGGUGGCAGCAAGAAUAACUAG